AUGCAAAAAUCUAAAAUCAAACUAGCUCCGUAUGGCAGUCGGGAUUAUGUAUUCGCUCCAUUAGGAGAAAUCACUUUAAAAUGUCAAGUUAAUGGCAAUGUUAGAAACAUAUUCUUUGCAGUUUGUGAUAAUAACGAAUUGCCACUACUGAGUUGUGCUGAUUGCGUUGAUUUAAACUUAGUAAAAAGAGUAGACUCAAUUGUUGAAAAUUCUGGUCAAUUUAUAUCACUCGAUCAUGUUGUUAAAAGAUACCCAGUAGUUUUUGAGGGUCUUGGUUCUUUUCCUAGAGAACAUCACAUUACUUUAAAAGAAGGUACAGUUUCAGUAGUUCAACCACUUAGACGGAUUCCAAUUGCAUUGCAUGAUCGUUUAAAACUUAAGCUUGAUGAUCUUGAAAAACAAGGUAUUAUAAGGAAAAUUGAUAAGCCGACUGAAUGGUUGAAUCCUCUGGUGAUAGUUGAAAAGAAAAAUAAGGAUUUAUGCUUGUGUCUUGACCCAAAAUAUUUGAAUUUAGCAAUAAAACGAGAAAGAUUUUUGAUUCCUUCAGCCGAGGAAAUAGCUGUUAAACUUAAUAAUAAAGAAUAUUUCACAGUUUUAGAUAUGAAAGACGGGUACUUUCAAAUUCGAAUUGAUGAACAAAGUCAAGAAUAUUGUGUCUUUGGAACACCCUUUGGAAGGUAUGCAUUUUGUCGUUUACCUUUUGGAAUUUGCUCAGCCCCUGAAGUCUUUCAAAAACAAAACUAUGAAAUAUUUGGUGACAUUGAAGGUGUAGGUCUUUACUUUGAUGAUUUGAUUAUAACUGGCAGUAAUGAAAAGGAACAUGAUAAUAAUUUACGAAGUGUUAAGUUUAUGGGUCAAAUUUACUCACAGGAAGGUGUCAAACUGAACAGAAAUUAUGUGAAAUCGAUUCUAGAGAUGCCAAAACCCAAAGAUAAAACUGAACUAUUAAGAAUAUUAGGCAUGGCUAAGUAUUUAGGAAAGUUGCCCAACAUGUCGAAAAUAACAGCUCCACUUAGAAAUUUGACCAGGAAUAAUAUUGAUUGGCAAUGGACUAAAUUGCAUGAUGAAUCUUUAACUAGACUUAAAGAUAGAUUAAUCAAUGCCCCAAUUUUGUCAUUUUUUGAUUCAACAAAACCUAUAGAAAUAGACACUGACGCUUCCAAGGACGGUCUAGACACGCUGUCAAGAGCGUUUUUACCAGAAACUGAGCUAAAGUCUGAUCAAGAAUUUAAUUUUGCAGUACACUCUUUAUCAAAAAAUUUAGCCAUGUCUGAAGAGCGGAAGGAACAAUUCGGGAAGGAAAUCGUGAAAGAUGAGAUUCUGAAACAAGUUAUCAACUUCCAUAUAAAAGGCUGGCCCAAUAAUAAACAUCACAUGUCUCCUUCUUUGAGGCAUUACUUUCAAAUCAAAGACAACCUCAGCAAUGUUGAUAAAUUGCUGUUUUUUGGGCAAUCUGUUGAUAUUGAAGCCUACAUAAAAAAAUGCAGUAUCUGCGAAACUUUUGCGGAGAAACAGCCAAAAGAGUCGCUAUUACCAUAUGAGUUACCGAAUCGGCCAUGGGAGAGAUUGGGAUUAGAUAUUUUUUCGCAUGCCAACAAAAUUUUUCUCAUUGUGUUUGAUUCAUACUCCAAUUGGUUGGAAACCACUCAAAUUAAAGACAAGUCGGUGAAAUCAGUUAUUUUAGCUUUGAUGUCUAUUUUUUCUGUUCAUGGGUCACCAGAUAAAAUAACUGCUGAUAACGUGCCUUUUGAUAGUAGAGAGUUUAAGACGUUUGUAAAAAACUGGAAUUUUGAAAUCAUUUUGCGCAGCCCGUAUUAUGCACAAUCUAAUGGAUUGGCAGAAAAAGGGGUAGAUAUAGGUAAAAAUAUGCUAAAAGAAUGUUUGAAAGAAAACUCUGAUAUACACACUGCUUUAUUGCAAUACAGAAAUUCACCACUCAAGUAUAUUGGCUAUUCACCUGCAGAGUUAUUGAUGAGCAGGAUUUGCAAGACAAAAGUGCCUAUCAAUUCCAGUCUUUUGCACCCGAAACUCUGUGAAGACGUUUCUGAGAAACUAUUGCGAAGACAGAAUAUUUAUAGGUCUUACUAUGACAAGAAAAGUAAAGAUCUAAAACCUUUGGACCCUAAAACCAAUGUGACGAUUUUUGACCAUGUAAAGAAUAAGUGGGAGCCUGCACAAAUUGUUUCCAAGCAUAGCUCUCCUAGAUCUUACCUUGUGAAAGAUUCCUUUGGUAAUGUGAUUAGGCGUAAUCGCAUUGACCUUAAGGAAUCCCUAAAUGAGUAUGUGUCUAAAAGCAACGAGCCUGACAUAGAUGAGAGUAGUGGUGAACCUUUAGUUCAGCCUGCUGUGUCACUCAAGAAUGAAAAACCUUUGCUGGAGGCUCCCCCAGAAUGUUUAUUAUCCAGUCCAAAAGUUUUAGAUCAUGAUAUAAAAACCAGAUGUGGUCGUGUGAUAAAAAAACCGGACAAACUAAACUUAUAG